UCGGUUCACAGUCUUUUUUUUCCAUCAACACUACGACCAAGAUGGAGUUCCGAGCUGACAAUGUACCGCUGAGCACCCGCAGCUACCCUUACCAGGGGCUGAAGGACGACGAGCAGACGGCGAGCACCACCGUCGUUAACGUGGCCCCGAGUGUGACCUCGGUCCGGGACCACUUCCUCUGGUCCAUCUUCAACUUCGCCUUCAUGAACUUCUGCUGCCUGGGCUUCGUGGCGAUGGUCUUCUCGGUCAAAUCUAGAGAUCGGAAAGUUGUGGGAGAUGCAGAAGGAGCUCGGCAUUAUGCAUCUACAGCUCGAGCACUCAACAUUGCGGCCACAGUGCUGACUGUUCUUGUCCUUAUAAUCGGCAUUGUGAUGAUCUUCGUUAGCCUGUCUAUGGUGAAUAGAGUCAUUGAACAUGAAAAACAAGAGCACCCUGACGUCUUUGGAGGUUGGAAUUGAACAUAGCACUAGUGGCAUCAACUUACCAUCCAGGAGCUGUUUUGCAGGAGCUCUUAAUUCAACAGCUUCAUGUACUCAGUCUAUUGCUUCUUUCUUUCUACACUGUCUAGGUGGUGCUGACAUGUCCAAAUCAUGUCUCAGCAACAGAUUACUUUUACAUGAAAUUGCCCAAGUGUGGCCUUGAUUGUAUUAAUAAAGCAAUUGAUGACCAA